GCAUAUAUACAAAAAGCCAAACCAGAACAUGGUGGAACCGUGCAUUUUUUUAAAACAUGCUAGGCAUUUUAGAUCAAUGGGAAUACAAUAUUGGGGACAGUCAAGACUGGAGCAGGUAAGUUUGAAGUCACAGGAAGCUUAAAAUGGUCUUAAUUUUCUGUGAUUAUCUAAACUCUCCUGACUGUCCUUUAUGGUAAACGUGACCCAUCUGGUACACCAAGAUUUAAAACAACACUAUUAGGAAAUGUGCAAAUAUUACUGGGUCCAGGUCUGAGCCAAAUCAUGCACUUGCAUCUUUGACACACAUCUGUGCCACGUACUGGAAACAAACAAAAAUAGAAACAUCAGGAUCUUUCUGCAUUGAUACUGCAUGGACCACAUGUGAUGACAAGCUGUAAAUCAUGAAGCUGUUCUGGUGUGUGUGCAUGCGUGUAAGAGAGAGAAAGAGAGACAGACUGAAUAUGCAUGCAUGCAUUGUGUGCAUGCAUACACGUAUGUGUGAUUACAUGACAGUGAAGUAGUUAACCAUUAGAGAAGGCAUUUGUGGAACAAGGAUUGUUUGGUUUGCUUUUUAUGAAGUUAUUUAAAGGAAGGAUUUUCUUAUUAGUGUCUUUAAUAGCCGGACAGUCUCGAGAGGAUCAGAAGGUUUGGGCAUGGUGGAAUGUACAUGUGGUGUUUUUGAAAACAUUUGAAUUGCACACAUGAAGGCAGUGAUUCAGUAAUCCAAAUAUUUUCUGCUAAAUUCUGUAUUUUUAGACUGUUUACCCACUUGGCAAAUGCAAAUCAGAAGGAAGCCUUACCCCAAAAGUCUAGCACAGUAUUCAUCAAAAGGUACGUUUAACUUAAACUCCACCUUUUCUCCCACACCCAACUCCUGGCACAACCCCCUCAACAUCAGCACCCUAUCCUCAUCUUCUUGGUUUCUGCAACCACCAAUCAGAACCAGCUUCAACCCCUCCCUCCUCCUAUCCAACACCUUCUUGAAGGCUCUAAUCUGGAGCCGGUGGUCCUUCUCUGGCCGGAACUGCCCAAUGGAAACAAUCGAGUGGCACUUCUUGUCCCCGUCUUCUUCCAGCGGGAUGUCCAAGAAGGCACUUACAUCGCAGGGCGGUAGCCUAGGGUUACCUGGGGUUCCUCUCCCUCACUACAGAGAGCAUGUCUGUGCUGAUGGUGGGAUAAUGAACGUAGCUUCCCACACUGCAGCCUCCCAGGAUGAUGGAACCCACACUCUGUCCCAGCAGGGUGAAGUGUGGAAACAGGUUGGGCUCCACAAGUACCCGGUGCCUCAGGAACACAAACUGAACCGGCCGGGGCAACACAAUGUUAAACCGACGUCUGGCUCCCUCCAGAAUCUGCUGACCCGUCACGCCAAGGUCCCCUGUUGCCCUGAUGGCACACCAAAGCACCCUCUCUCCUCCUCCACCAGCAUUGCAGUAAGGAUGGAAAAAGGCCACAGUGGGAUGACCAUCCCUUGCCCGCCGGGCAUUCCUGAUGCUCUGCAGCCAGAAACGUACUGCCAGAACCAGAAGGACCAGGACAGCAAUCAGCAACACGCAGAGAAACCCCAGCGCUAUGCAAGGGCAAGAAGGGUGGACCCUCCACUCGCUCCACAGAGACCCUGCCCAAAAUCCAGGAGGGCCAGGAGGACCACCAAAGACAGCUACCCACCAUGUGUCACCAGUGGACUUUCAAUCAAUAAUGCUUCCCUACCCCCACACUUUGACCACACAUCUGACAUUUCCAGUCUGGACCCUGACAUCAUGGCGACUCUUUUAAUUCUGUUUGUUUUUAUAAAUUUGGACCUGCUUCUGAAAACGGGACACUGCACAGAAACACGAGACCAAGUUUUAUCAAUCAACCCCAAAACACAAGAACAAGUGGACAUCUUGAAGAAUGUGACCACCCAAUAUCAGACAGUCUUAUGGCAGCCUGUUUCACCUCUCUACAUUAAAGAAGAAACCCAAGUCCACCUCUUUGUUCCUACAAACAGCUCUGAGCCUGUCAAGCAUCUGCUACUGAAACAUGGCAUAACACAUGAGGUGAUGCUGGCCAAUGUUAAUGAGUUGAUUGAAAUGCAGACAAAAUACAACUCCACUGACCCACGAAGUGGUGCAACUUUCUAUGAGAAAUACCACAAUCUAGAGGAGAUCUAUGAUUGGAUAAAUAAGACUACACAUGACAAUCCCAACACGGUUAAACUCAUUCUGGUUGGAUCCUCGUUCCAGAAGCAACCACUUUAUGCUCUAAAGUUGUCUUUGAACAACAAACCAGAUAAAAAAGCAAUGUGGAUCGACUGUGGGAUCCAUGCCAGAGAGUGGAUCUCACCUGCUUUUUGCUUAUGGUUCGUACACUAUUCGUUGUCAUUUUACAAAUAUAAUGAAGAGAUUACUCGCAUCCUGGACAACAUGGAUGUCUACGUCCUGCCAGUAAUGAACCCUGAUGGAUACAAAUACACAUGGACAAAAGACAGGAUGUGGAGAAAGAAUCGUUCACUCAGGAAGAGCACAAGCUGCAUCGGAGUCGACCUAAACAGAAACUUUGAUGCCAACUGGUGCACGGAAGGAGCCUCACAUGAUCCCUGCACUGAGAUCUACUGUGGGGCCUUCCCUGAGUCUGAGCCAGAGUCGCAGGCCGUGGCAGACUUCCUGCGCAGUCACAAGGACUCGGUUCAACUCUACCUCAGCAUCCACUCCUACUCUCAGAUGCUGCUCUUCCCAUAUUCCUGCACUAUGGAUGAAGCAGAGAAUCACAAUGAUUUGCUUGAGAUGGUCCAAGAAGCUUCCCAGAAAAUCAGAAGAUAUUAUAGGAACUCCUACUCAUAUGGCCCUGGAGCAAAAACAAUAUACCUGGCUCCUGGUGGUUCUGAUGACUGGGCCUACAACCUUGGUAUCAAAUACUCCUUCACAUUUGAGCUCCAGGAUCGUGGCCGCUACGGCUUCCUGUUACCACAAAGUUUUAUUUCCACUGCCUGUAAUGAAGCUUUACUUGCUGUGAAAACUGUUGCAUCAAAGGUUAUAGAGAAAACACAAACUGCAACAAGUUCUCUUUAAACUAUGUGAACAAAUGGACCUGCAUAUUGGCUCGUGUGUUUAAUAUCUUAAGCAGUUUGGUGAGAGAUAGCGGGUAAUACCGCAUUAAUAUACAUUUGUAGAAUCCUAGAGAUAUAAUUUUGCAAUUAUUAAUGAAGCUUUUGAU